AAAUUAAAAAAUUCUCUCGACCGUUGGGGAAAACCAGAGAAAAGAACUCCGAAAUCCAUUAUUUCUCCCUUCAAAACACUCUCUUUCUUCAACAUUUUUCAUCAUUUUCACUUGAAAUCUCCAUCUUUCUCUUGUACAGAUCCAUGGCGGAUCAAAGCUCAAACCCAUCAAUCAUUCUGCCAAAACCACCACACCCACUUCACCAAAUUGCGGAAACACCAACCCACAGGUUGCUUUUGAAACAAUGGCUGAAAGAAGAAGAACUGAUUCUCAACAGAAUAUCCUUUAAGGAGACUCAAAUCGACUCCGUCCGUAAAGAAAUCACGCAGCUUUACAUCUUCUUCUUCCUCUUCCACUCCAUUUCUCUUCUCCUCCUCUUCAACUCUUCUUCCCGGGACUCUCCUGUGGGUGCCUGCCACAGGUCUUGGAUCCCAUCUCUAUGUUCUUUACUAUGCUCCAUGGGGAUCAUUUGGGCUGUUAGGUAUAAAACCGAUGUGGAAGGGCACUUGGAGAAGCUGCUGGAAAGGGAAAAAGAGGAUGGGAAGCUGUUGGGUAAGUGUGUGGAGGAGUUGAAGAAGAAAGGAGUGGAGUUUGAUUUGUUGAAAGAGGUGGAUGCUCUUAGAAGGGCUAAGAGUUUGAGGGUGGAAGCCAAGGCUGUGAGGAAAUGGUCUGCUAGGGACUUUGUGACAUUGUUUUUCUUCACUGUUUCAUGCCUGGUUCUAGGGUUGACAAGGGUUAUUUUGUGCAGUUAAAUGGAUGUUUGGCAUGUUGGAAAAUAUGAUUCUUUUGUGUUUUUUUGUUUUUGUUUUUAGUUGGCAGAGAAGAUAGAUGUUGGAUUCUGUCAUAGAAAGGGUAGGAAAUUGGUUUUUGGGAAUGGGAUUGGAAGUAGUUGCAGAAUAUUCUGUUCUGCUUUUGUAAUUUGGGAAAGUUAUAUCUCCAGAUUAUGAAAAUAAACAUCAUGUUUCCAGAUUCA